CUUCAUGCCCUGCCAGCACCCCAUAAAACUGAACAAGCUAUGCGCACUGUGCGGUCAAGAAGUGCAAGACACAGAAAAUACAAAAUUUUAUAACGCAUUGCACAGCAACAGUCGAUUGAGGGUUGAUAAAAGUACCAUUGAUGGUAUGUACGUGCGGUACAGGGAUGAGCUGAUACAAAAGAAGAAGAUGAUCUUGGUUGUGGACCUGGAUCAAACAAUACUGCACAGCAUUGAGGUUAAGGGAGGAAGAGUAGGAGACAAUGGCAGUAGGAAUAGAAACGGUGAGUGUGGUGGUAGGGGCAUCACAAACAAACAACUAUUACAAGCACGGCCAAGGCAACCGCUCCCCUCCUCGUUCACAUACACCCUCGCAUCAACAACCAUGAAAACAACCCUUCGUCCCCAUCUCCACACCUUCCUCACCGAGUUAAAUGAAAUGUUCCACAUGCACAUCUACACCAUGGGCACAUCGGAGUAUGUGCACCAAAUAACGAACGUAAUUGACAGGGAUAGAUCGUUGUUUGGUGAUAGGAUCGUAACACGUGAUGAUGAGGUGCUUGUUAAGAGAUUGGAGCGGUUGUUUGGUGAUAGAGAGGAUAUGGUGGUUGUUAUUGAUGAUAGGGGAGAUGUUUGGGAGUAUUGUGGUAAUUUGGUGAUGAUACGACCGUUUUUUGGGGUUGACUGUGGGGGUGAGGAA